UCUGUUCGGGUUUCCAGCUUCAACGGGUCUGGACGGAUUAUUCGGCCUUUGCGAGAACGGGAACGAUAACGGAAACGAGAACGAGAUCGAUCCAAUGGAUUUGUUGCUUACCUCGUCUAAAACCAGUUGUCUCCACUGCAAGGAUGGCUCGGAGAUGGUUCAAAUGACGUUCCGAGUGCCUGGUUGGGGGAGGCAACAAAUGGAGACGAAAGGAUUAUUCGGUUCAGGUGAGAUUGGGGUGAUGAAGAAUACAAAUAAAAUAACUUAGGUCCCUGAUAACGCCGCCAUGGCGAGUUACGAAACAUGCACACAUGUCACUCCCGAGUGUCCAGUCUCCGCCACUACCUAUGGCUAUUAUCCAAACUUGGGGGGUAACGCGUUCUUUGCCGUUUAUUAUGGUAUCCUUGGAGUCAGCCAGGUUGGCCUGGGGAUUUAUUUCCGAACGUGGACAUUUAUGGUAGCUCUGGCCAUCGGUACCCUGAUGGAAAUGGCAGGCUACGUUGGCCGCGUCCUAAUGCACUCGAAUCCCUGGUCGACCCCGUAUUUCGAAUUACAGAUUGUGUGUCUGGUCCUUGCGCCAACCUUUGUCGCUGCCGGAAUCUACUUGGUCCUGAAACAUCUCAUUCUCUACCUGGGCCCCGAAUAUUCGCGUCUCAAGCCCAGACUCUUCACAUGGAUCUUCAUCGGAUGUGAUAUCGGGUCGCUCUUGCUGCAGGCUGCGGGGGGAGGCAUCGCAGCGGCGGCCGGAAAGACAAAUCAGCAAGAGCUCAGGAUCGGUGACGAUGUCAUCAUCACCGGCAUCUCCUUUCAGGUCGUCACGAUGAGCGUCUGUGGCCUUUUGGGCCUCGAGUUCUUCUUGCGGGUGAAAAAGCAAGGGGGCAGCUUCUCGGCAGAGAAAGAUCUCACGAGUGGGAACGGAGAACGUCAAAGGAACGUCCGAUUCGUCUUCAUAGCGGAGGUUAUCGCCUACUUCACCGUCCUGAUUCGGUGUAUCUAUCGUAUCCCUGAAAUGGCCGGCGGAUGGGGUAGUCCUCUGAUGCAGAAGGAGAAUGAAUUUCUGGUUCUCGACGGGACGAUGAUCGCCAUCGCCACUCUUUUCCUUACCAUCUUCCACCCCGGAUUCUAUUUCACUACCAUGAGAACUAGAUACAGGCCACAUGCAUGAUUAUUUAUACACACAUACAUAUGUCAGAUUAGCAUUUAGCAUGGCUGGAUUUGAAGCAGUCAGCAUGGUACAUAAUCUUAGGGCAAGUAUGCCUCGUACAGUGUCUGAUUCUUUGCCUUGAUAAAUAUCCAAGUAUAAGGCUAGCCAAGAGCAGAGAUAUUUAACCAGCUUUCUAUAUAGAGAACUGGCGAAUUACACAAAAGACGGAUAAAGACGAAGAAAGAUUGGCAUCACUAGCUGAGUGAAGGUAUAUACAAGUAUAACAUAACUAGCCCAGAUUGAUUCCAAAAACAAAUGACUCCAGACCCGGCCCCUAACUAUAGCAAACAAAGAACGGACAGAAUAGCCU